AAGAAAGACAAAAAAUUAAAAAUAAUAAACACCAAAGCCACGAAAAUGUCGCUCUUCCUGUGUUUUCUCUUCCUCUUACCCCUUAUCUUAAUCUUCUUGAAAUAUCUCCAACCUUCAAAAUGGAAUCUUCCUCCGGGCCCACCAAAGCUUCCGUUCAUCGGAAACUUACACCAACGCCGAGAAAUACAACUCAGGAAUCGCCGGAACCUCUUCCAAAAAUACGGACCGGUGGUGUAUCUCCGCCUCGGAAUCGUCCCCGUGGUCGUGAUCUCAUCGAAAGAAGCAGCUGAGGAAGUGCUCAAGACUCACGAUCUUGAGUGUUGUACACGACCAGAGACAGUCGGGACCAGAAAGAUCUCUUACAACUCUAAAGACAUCGGAUUCGCGCCUUACGGUGAGGAGUGGAGGGCGAUGCGCAAGCUCUCGGCGAUCGAGCUUUUCAGCACCAAAAAGAAUCAAUCUUUCAGGUUUAUAAGAGAGGAAGAGAAUGACUUGUUGAUCAAGAAACUUACAGAUUCUGCUUUGAGGCGAUCUCCGGUGAGUCUUGAGAAAACCCUUUACACAUUAGUCGGGAGUAUUGUGUGUAGGGUCGCUUUCGGUCUAAACCUCCAUGCGUGCGAGUUCAUCGAUGAAGACAGAGUCGUGGAUCUUCUGCACAAGUCUGAACUGUUCACGAGGACUUCUUUGUUCUCUAAUUUCUUUCCGGGAAGAACCGGUAGAGUCAUCGAUUGGAUCUCAGGUCAGAACAAGAGACUGGAGAAUGAUUUUUUGGAACUGGACACUUUCUUUCAGAACAUUCUCGAUGAUCAUCUCAAGCCCGGAAGGACAGAACUAGAGAGCCCUGAUAUCAUCGACGUGAUGAUCGAUCAGAUGAGGAAGCAAAGCAAAGAUGGAGACUCUUUCAAGUUCACCACAAAUCAUCUCAAAGGAAUGAUCUCGGAUACAUUUCUAGCAGGAGUUAGCACAAGCGCCUCAACAUUGGUAUGGGCAAUGACCGAGCUCAUCAGAAACCCAAGAGUGAUGAAGAAAGUGCAAGACGAAGUUCGGACAAAACUUGGCGACAAGAAAGAGAGAAUCAGAGAGGAAGAUCUCAACGAGCUUCAGUAUUUCAAGCUCAUGGUCAAGGAGAUAUUCAGGUUACAUCCAGCAGCUCCACUUUUGCUCCCAAGAGUGGCAAUGUCUCACAUCAAGAUCCAAGGAUACGAUAUUCCGGCCAAAACCCAGAUCUUGAUCAACGCUUACGCGAUUGCACGUGAUCCAAAACUCUGGGAAAACCCAGAUGAGUUUAACCCAGAAAGGUUUCUUGAUAGUUGCAUAGAUUACAAAGGACUAGACUUUGAGCUUUUGCCGUUUGGAUCUGGUAGGAGAAUCUGUCCAGGGAUGGCGAUGGGGAUCGUCAUGGUUGAACUGGCACUGUUAAAUUUCCUUUACUUCUUCGACUGGGGAUUACUGGAAAAGGAAGAAGCCGACGAGAUCAUCACCGGAAAUGAAGUUCCUCUUGACCUCGUUCAAGUUCUUCGCCACUAAAACUCUGUUUUUUUCUUUUUUUUUUCUUUUAUAUAUAUAACAACUUAAUUUUCCAAAAUUACAGAAUAUCAAGAGUUUAAUGUUAAAAAAAAAACUUCUUAAUUUUGA